GUUUCUCGCUGAGCCACAAACUGGUGUUAGAGCUCAAGUGACUUUUUCGGUUACUUGCUAUUCAAGGUUUCUCGCUGAUCUAACACUAGACCUAUCUGAAUCAGGUAGCUCUCUCGGUUAG